AUGCCUCUCAUCCUCGAGUCGCACGACUCACUACCAUACGUCGACCUUCCGCUCACCGACACCGACCGCGCCGCCGCCCAAACCCUCGUCGCCGCCGAGCUCGAUCCGUCCGCCUCCACCGCUCUCCACCCGUCCGUCCUAGCGGGCUCGUCGUACGAGCCCUCGUUCCCAGCCCUCACAACCGCCGCGCACGCCCGCCUGGCCGCCGGCACCACCGACAGAGAACCCGGCACCGGCAUCGACCUGUCGCGCUACGAAGCCCUCGACGCGCCCGCCGACGCCGACGCCGACGCCGACGCCGACACGUCGGACCGGGCAGCGGCGUGGCGCGCGACGCUGCGCGCGGCGUACGCGUCGUCGGCGUUCCUGUCGCAGCGGCUGACGAACCUGUCGCUGCUGGAGCGCUACGGCAAGAACGCGUGGCUGGUCGGCAACGCGCAGCUCGAGGCGGUGCUGCGCGCGCUCGAGGCCGAGCUGGCCGCCGCCCGCGACGACGUCGAGGCCGUCGAGGCCGCCCGCCGCCGCGCCCAGCACGCCGCCGCGCCCGAGCUGGCCCUGCUCGCCGACGGCUGGCGCGCCGGCGUCAAGCGCGUCGUCGAGACCGAGGCCGCCGUCGAGGGCUUGCGCCGCGGCAUCCUGGACAGGAAGAGGGCGCUGGCCCUGGCCCAGGGCGGCGUGGCGCCGUGA